UGAUAGUAGGUGGUCACGUGACGUACACUUCCGGAGUGUUUGGGUCACCCUCGAAAUUGUUAUCAGCGGCCUUAUUAGCUUUUAAGGACAUCCAAUGACCCUUCAGAGCCGCGUGCCCCAAGUCACGCCCACCCUGUGAACAUCCAGCCCCCGCCCCCCCGGUGCCCCGCACACCUGCACCACCUGCGCCAGGGUGAUCGGCACACCUGAGCCCGCCAAGGUGUGUGACUGUGAGGGUGUGAGGCGAGGUGCGCUCACCCACAGGGAGUGCCUUCACCAUGCCCAUGCAGGCCCCGGCUACUGAUGGUGCCAAGGGCGAGCCGCCCGAAAUCAGGGUCAAGAUUGCCUUCAGUGGGGAGAUCUACAUCACGUACAUCCCUCCAGCGCUGGAGGUGGAGACGCUGGAGCAGGAGAUCCGCGCCAUGUGUAAAUUUGACUCUGCCCAAGUGUUCACCGUCAAGUGGAUCGACGAGGAAGGUGACCCUUGCACCAUCUCAUCCCAGCAGGAACUCAAUGAAGCCCUCAGACUGUACGACCUCAACAAGGACUCAGAGCUCACCAUCCACGUGUUCCCCAACGUGCCGGAGCCCGGGAUGCCUUGCCAGGGCGAGGACCGGAGCAUCUACCGGCGAGGAGCGAGGCGAUGGAGGAAGCUGUACAAGGUGAACGGCCACAUCUUCCAGGCCAAACGCUUCAACAGGCGUGCCUUCUGUGAAUUCUGCAAGGACCGCAUCUGGGGUCUGGGUCGGCAGGGCUUCAAGUGUACUCAGUGCAAGCUGCUCGUCCACAAGAAGUGCCACAAACUGCAGAAGGUGCCAUGCAAUGCUGAUCUAGACACCUCAACAGACACCCUUGCUUCCCACGAAUCCUCCACCCUCCCCCGCAGUGGCACCAAUGGCAGGAUGGCAGUGCAGGAGUUCACCGAGGAGAUCUCAGGAAAAGAUCCAGGUAUAACUGAAGAAACACCAGUGGAGAUGCCAGCAGUUACAGGCGGCAGCAGUGAGCCCAUGUCCCCGUCAGGCCAGGCCGGACAGUACUGCCUCGAUGACUUUGAGUUGAUCCGUGUGAUUGGCCGCGGCUCUUAUGCCAAGGUUCUCAUGGUGGAGCUCAAGAAGACCAAAAGGAUCUAUGCCAUGAAAGUCAUCAAGAAGACACUAGUCACAGAUGAUGAGGACAUUGACUGGGUUCAGACUGAGAAACACGUAUUUGAGACUGCUUCCAAUCACCCCUUCCUGGUGGGUCUGCACUCCUGCUUCCAGACUCCGUCCAGACUCUUCUUUGUGAUAGAGUUUGUGCGUGGUGGUGACCUCAUGUUCCACAUGCAGCGGCAGCGACGCCUCCCAGAGGAACACGCUAGAUUUUAUGCUGCAGAAAUCUGUCUGGCUCUCAACUUCCUCCAUGAAAAGGGCAUCAUCUAUCGAGACCUCAAGUUAGACAAUGUACUGCUGGACCAUGAGGGCCACAUCAAGCUCACUGACUAUGGCAUGUGCAAGGAAGGCAUCCGUCCGGGAGACACAACCUCCACCUUCUGUGGCACACCUAACUACAUUGCCCCUGAAAUUCUGCAAGGUGUUGAGUACAGCUUCAGUGUUGAUUGGUGGGCCCUGGGUGUGCUGCUGUACGAGAUGCUGGCUGGCAAGAGUCCGUUUGACAUUGUGGGUGCUUCAGACAACCCUGACUGCAACACAGAGGAUUUCCUCUUCAAGGUGAAUAAAAGCAUCAUCCUUGAGCGGCCAAUCCGUAUCCCUCGGUCGCUGUCAGUCAAGGCUGCCUCCAUCCUGAAGGGCUUCCUCAAUAAGAAUCCAGUGGAUCGCCUGGGUUGUCAUCCCGAGACUGGCUUUACAGACAUAAUUUCUCAUCCCUUCUUCAAGACCAUCAUCUGGGAAAUGUUGGAGCAGCGACAGGUUCCCCCGCCUUACCGCCCCCGGCUAGACUCUGACCGUGACCUGGCUAACUUCCCCCCAGAAUUUACAGAUGAACCCAUUCAGCUAACUCCUGAUGAUGCGCGUGCCAUUGAAAACAUCGAUCAGAGCGAGUUUGAGGGAUUUGAGUACGUCAACCCGCUGCUGAUGAGCAUGGAGGACUGUGUGUAAUGUGGUGGUGGGCCAGUCAGCCUGCCACUGCCCUGCCUCACCCGGAUUGUGGCUCCAGCGUUCCAUCGUCUUCAUCAACACCCAACUCUGCAAAGGAGGUUGUGGAGCUUCUGCCAUGUCCUCAUAUGUCAUUUUAUGUAUAUGUCACCUCUCACUUUGAAAAAGUUAUUUGUGAAGUGAAGGCUGGCAUUGUCAUGGGUAGCGUGAGGAAUGGUGUGGUGUGGUGUAAUGAAGGUGAACUCAGCAUGGAAGCCAAAGUGAAAGAUGACUGAGCUAAAUUGUAUCCAAAAAUUCCAUCAAAGUUACCCAAAGUAGCACACCACACUGAGGAGCAUUAAGUAAUAGGAGAAGUUUGUGUGUGCCCUAGCGUCAUUUCACAUUUUCAUCCAUAUAUAUAUAUAUAUAUAUAUAUAUAUAUAUAUAUAUAUAUAUAUAUAUAUAUAUAUAUAUAUAUAUAUAUAUAUAUAUAUAUAUAUGUAUGUAUGUAUAGGUGAUAGCAAACAACCAAAACACACUUGCAAUGGAGAGCCAAUGGAUUCAUGAUGUGUAGUGCCUCAAGUUAUCCCUUAAGAUUCUCUCUGUGCCCUAUGUAGUUUAAUUUCAGCACUUUAUUUUGUUCUAAUUUUCAUAUACUUGUUGGCUUUUCAAGUCUUAUGACUGAGUUGUGGAGAAGAAGUGAUAGAAAGAACUUGUAUGUAACCUUUCAUACCAGCUCUAGGACAGGAAAACAAUGUUGACACAUUAUGUGAUGCUUCUGUAGGGACCAAAUAUAGAGUCUUGUUGAAAGUAAUGGAUCUGCCAGAUAUCUCACAGGCUGGUAAUUGUUUCCAUAGGGAGUACAACUUUAGAUAUUUAUUUCAUGGCUUAUUUACACAAAGAUUUUUUUAAGUUGUAAUUGUAACCUGCUGUUGUGUUAGUUUGUAAUGGUUGUGCAAUAUCCAGGCAUAGAGAAAUUUAAAAGCCUCUAGGAGUCUAGGCAGCUCUUUAUGGCAGCAGCAUAUAAAACUUUUGGAAAAGUAAGUAUUUGUUGAAAAAAGAGCAGCUAACUAGGCAGCUUUUAUGUCACUGAUCAGGAAGGUUCAUUGGUGUCUCUUUUAGAUAGAUAAGAAUUGGGUGCUAUAUUUUGAAGUGUUGUGAGUCAUCAUGGUCACACUGGAGAAGUGAGUGAAGUUCUGUGGCUUUCAUAGGUCCACUUCCCAGCUGGUGACGACAAAACUUAAACAGCAUCAUCAGCGUGGUUUUUAUUUCACAUUUUGUUGCAUUUCAGUGAUUUUUUUCAAUAUUGUAUGCAUAAAAAAAGUAUUCAGAUGUUGAAAGAUGAUAUGAUAUCUUCUACCAUGUGAUUAUCAAGUUCUCACAUGAAGGGGAAUUCCUGGUGUCUUCCGCAUUGAGGUAAUUGUGUCAGGCACUGGAGCAGUUUGUUAACACGUUGAUGCCCCCUGUGGCCGGUGAUGCAGGGGGUAGAUGCUGCUGUGGCCUGCAGAGCUGUGGUGAUUCCAGAUGGCUGUGAAGCCGGUUCCUGUUGGCUUAAAUUGUAAUUCAUUCUUCAUGAUUUGAUAUUAUUAAGAAAGAUAAUUUGACAGUUGAAGCCAGUCACCAUUCAUCUAUUCAUGAUUUGCAUAAUGUUUUCAUUAUCAUGAAUUUUGUUGACUCCUGUGUCAGAGGUCACAGGUGCAAAGUGCCUGUUACAGAGCCACAAGAUGUAAUUUUGAAGCUCUAGGUUGAUAAUUAUUUAGCUUCCAGUUGAUGUAGACAUGUGGGAUGCUUCUGGCUCACCACUUACUGACUGACAGAGUUGGCUAAGUCACAGCUCUUUAGGGAGUCACGAGGAUGUGCUGGGUUGCCAGAAGAAUGGCAGCCGAGUCUCUGGAAGAGGUGUAUGAAAAUGCAUUGUUUGUAUCAUAAUAAUAGUAUACAAGGCUGUAAUCCUAAGGUAGUAUCCAGCUUCAUCCUAGGAAAGAGAGGAGCUUCUGUGAAGUUUCCCAGAUUGCCUGAACCAUGAUAUUCCGGGUACUUAUGUUGGCGCUCAGACAUGCCUUGGAUAUUGAGUGGACUGAUCAACACUAACCAUUCCUAGGACAUUCCAUGCAUAGAGGGAGAAGGAGAGGCUGCUGGCCUUCCUUACACCACUGGCCUCUUCACUCUUCUUUACUCAUCAAAGCUUAUUUUAUUGUUGAAAUUGUAAUCUGCUCUAGCUUUUGAAAUAGUGAAGUAUUUCUAUUAUAUUAUUAUUAUUAUUAUUGUUAUUAUUAUUAUUAUUAUUAUUAUUAUUAUUAUUAUUAUUAUUAUUAUUAUUAUUAUUAUUAUUAUUAUUAUUAUUAUUAUUAUAUUAAUUGUUAUUAAUAUUUUUUUGUCAAAAGCCUCAGUGACUACUUAUGAUGAUUUCUCUCUCUCUCUCUCUCUCUCUCUCUCUCUCUCUCUCUCUCUCUCUCUCUCUCUCUCUCUCUCUCUCUCUCUCUCUCUCUCUCUCUCUCUCUCUCUCUCUCUCUCUCUCUCUCUCUCUCUCUCUCUCUCUCUCUCUCUCUCUCUCUCUCUCUCUCUCUCUCUCUCUCUCUCUCUCUCUCUCUCUCCAUGAUUUGAUAUAUGCUUAAGCUUAAUCUUAUGAGGCAUUCUCAUUUAUUAUUUAUGAAUGCUACUGGUACAUCACAAGUUGUUAUCUUUAAACAUCAUUCCUUUUCUUCUUAACAUUCAAUGAAGGCUGUGUUCAUUUGCAUAUAAAAACUGAAUGCAAGGAAGUUCUGUGUAACAUUUGUAUAUUCUUACAGUCCUAGGAAAUAACAACUUACGUUUUCCUCUUCUCAUUUUUUUUUAUGACUGUGUGUGCUGGACAGAGUAAGGCUAUUUAUUGGCGGUGGCUUUCAGGGUCCAUUGCUUCUUGUCAUUGGCUGCCAAAAAUUAGUGGAUGCAGUCUGCCUUAACCUUCCCUGAACCUUCACUUUGUAGGCGGCCUGUAACCAAUAGUUGAUCAAACUGUAAAGUAGAUACUUACUUCAUGUCCAGUUGUGAGUGGCCAUUUUGCCUCCGCUACUAAAGUUGCCUGUGAGGUUUCGUUACUAAUUCAGGGCUAGUAGUGUAAAUGCUGUUAAUUCAUCCCAAUUGAAUGUUAUCCUACCCUGGCACUUGUCUGUUUAACAUGUAUAUUUAUUUUGAAUAUUGAGGUAUUUUAUUGUUAAUAUUUAUAGUUAUUUAGAUGAUUCAUUUUAUAUAUAGGUAAGCAUAAGAGGGAUCUGGACUUGGAUAGGUAAGUGACCUCUCCUCAUAUACCAUGCCCUCCAGGGGAGCUUGGUGAGGUCACUUCUUGUAUAUAUGUACACCUAGCACUGUAUAAUCAAAAUGGUGCUUGCAGUCCCUUCAUGCACUAGGAGCUGUGGUAAUAAAAGUGCCCGUGUGGUACUGCCAUGUGCAUCUCGGCAAGGCUCCUCUCUGGCCCAGCAGCCACCAGACCACCUCAAGUCAACCUUUGAUGCCGUGACUGACUGAUUAUUCACAUUAAUUUUUUCAUAUACAAGUAUAACUAAAGGAAUUAUAAUUUUUUUCAUUCCUUGAGGUUUCAUUUUCAUUAAAUUUGCUAUUUCUAGGCUUAUUCAUCUUGGAAAUGUAUUUAACCCACAUAGGAUACGCAUAAUAAAAGAUAGUGAACAUAAGUGGACAUUGCCUCUGCUUGAUAAGCAUUGCUGCUGCCCUCACACAAAGUUCCUUGAACUGUGAGAUUCCUUUUAGGACCAAAGUAGAAAAUCCUCCAGCAAGAUGGUGGAUGCUGGACCAGGCAAGUGCCAUGCUCCUCAGGGCACUAAACUUCAGGGUGAGGUUAGUGUCCUCGGUGGCAACUUUUUGUUUAUCUCAAAAGACUCGGUAGUCAAUUUGUUGAGUGCUGUCAUGAGUUCAUUGAACCAUAGUGUACAGCAGAAAGAUUUUUUUCCACUGAUCUGUUGUUGGGUUAACUAUACUCUCCUAAACAGAGUUUGAAUAUCAAAUGCAGCAUUAACACUCAGGUAAGGUACACUUCAAAGACACCUUUCAAGCAUAUCCCAGGUAAUGUGAGAAAGCUGCUAUAGAUAACUUUGUAACUUUGUACAACCACAAACAUAGUGGCAUAAUAACAUCUCAUGUGUAGCUAAAUAUAUUUUUCUUUAAACCUCAGUUAUGGUACUUGGAGUGGAACACUGUAAGGUAAAACAGCUGUUAGAAAGAUUGGAUUUGCUCAUAGAAUAACUGUUGGUGAGCUUGAGAAUGAAGUAAUCAUUUCUCUGGAAAUGGUCUCAGAGUCAAGGUGUCAGUACAGUAUUUUGAUAAGAGUAAUAAAUCUAGUUUGAAGUACACUGUAAAAUGUUUCCUAAGUAAAAGUUAUUUACUAAUAAAAAUAUUCUUCCUAAA